CCCCGUGGUGCGGUCUUGCGGGCGCUGGUGAAGGGAGCUUCGCGGCCGGCAGAGUGAGAGUAGCUGCUGCGUUCCUGGCCACCUUCGUCCGCGUUACAACAGUACGGCCAUGGCAGAACCGCAGCCCGCGUCCGGCGGCCUCACCGAUGAGGCCGCCCUCGGCUGCUGCAAAGACCCGGACCCCAGCACCAAGGAUUUUCUCUUGCAGCAGACCAUGCUGCGAAUUAAGGAUCCUAAGAAGUCAUUGGACUUUUAUACUAGAAUUCUUGGAAUGACACUACUCCAAAAAUUAGAUUUUCCCACUAUGAAAUUUUCACUCUAUUUCCUGGCUUAUGAGGAUAAAAAUGACAUCCCAAAAGAUAAAGAUGAAAGAGUAGCAUGGGCAUUCUCCAGAAAAGCUACACUUGAACUGACACACAAUUGGGGCACUGAAGAUGAUGAGGCCCAGAGUUACCACAGUGGCAAUUCAGACCCUCGGGGAUUUGGUCACAUUGGAAUUGCUGUUCCUGAUGUUCACGGUGCUUGUAAAAGAUUUGAAGAACUGGGAGUCAAAUUUGUGAAGAAACCUGAUGAUGGUAAAAUGAAAGGCCUGGCAUUUAUUCAAGAUCCUGAUGGCUACUGGAUUGAAAUUUUGAAUCCUAACAAAAUGAUAACUAUUAUUUAGUUCUGUGAGAAUGCUGCUUUGAGAUUUCAGUGAAGACAUUGCGGAAGGUAAAAAAGGAGACAAUGUGAUUCAAGAUAUUCAUUUAACAGAAGCAACUAGGACUGAUGGAUUAUUGUCUGAAUUCAAAUUGUUCUUAAGUCUAUUUCCCUUGCCUAUUUCAGCUAUGUUUUUCACCUAACUGUUCAGUCAUUCUAGUUUUAAAGUAGUGCUUUGUCUUAUGUCCUUGAAUGUAGUUGUAUAACUACUUUUUUAGGCAAUAAUUAGAACAAUUCCGUUCAGAGGCUGCAUUUGCCUUCUAUCUUCUGACGAGAUACAAGUCUACAAGUCUGCCUUUGAAUCAUCAUUUAAAAAGAAAAAAACCACUUAAUAUGUUUUGUUGUGAUUACCUUCUGAGGUUUCAGUUCCUCAGAAGUAAUUUCAGAAUGGGAAGUAAAGAACCCCAAACAAAAAUGAAGCUUCAUGUAUAUUUCAAAUAGUAUAAAGUUUAUUUUACAAAAGAAAAGUUACUCUUGGGAGAAAUUCAGAAUUAUGCUGACAAGGAUGUGGAUAGAAAAACUAAUUUCUUCUUCAUUACAAAGUACUUUGAAAGUUGAAGGACUAACCUCUUUAUUUUGGGAUGGGGAAGAGGAUGGGAAUAUUACAUACUGGGUAUGCAGAUAUGGACUAGGCUGUCACAUACUUUAUCUCCCUUAAUCCUCCACAGUAUCCUGUGAGAUAGAAAGUAGGCUGGACAUGCAAAAUAACUUUAAUGAAUCCAAGGCAAUAUAAAUAGGCUAAGGACUCAAGAUCUCAUCAUCAUUUUUAGUAUUUAGAUUAUACCUCAAAAAUUAGUACCUUGGGGCUUCCCUGGUGGCGCUGUGGUUGAGAAUCUGCCUGCCAAUGCAGGGGACACGGGUUCAAGCCCUGGUUCGGGAAGAUCCUACAUGCCACGGAGCAACUAAGACCGUGUGCCACAGCUACUGAGCCUGCACUCUACAACCCGUGAGUCACAACUACUGAAGCCUGCGUGCCUAGAGCCCAUGCUCUGCAACAAGAGAAGCCACCGCAAUGAGAAACGCGCGCACAGCAACGAAGAGUAGCCCCUGCUCACAGGUAGAGAAAGCCCGCGUGCAGCAACAAAGACCCAAUGCAGCCAAAAAUAAAAUAAAUAAAAUAAAUAAAUUAAAAAAAAAUUAGUACCUCACAGUACCUCCUUCACUAGUGUUCUUUGUAAAAACCUUCAAAGAGUUUGAGCAUUGUCCUCUCAGCUUUCGAGCCUGAGUACCACGGUGAGGAAGAAGCAGUGGAGGAAGUCUGGAGCAUGCGGCUGCUCUGGGGAUGCCUGGUUGUCCCUGUGCAAGUGGUGCUUGUGUUUCUUGUGAAGAGCCCCUACCCCAAGGUCUUCCAGAUGCCAGUAAUCAUUUAGGAUAAAUUAUGUUCAGUGAUAACAUAACUUAGUUAUCAGAAAUCAGCUCAGUGGUCUUCCCUGCUGUGAAUGGCAUUUUUUUAAAAAUUUUUAAAAUUUAUUUAUUUAUGGCUGUGUUGGGUCUUCGUUUCUGUGCGAGGGCUUUCUCUAGUUGUGGCAAGCGGGGGCCACUCUUCAUCGCGGUGUGCGGGCCUCUCACUAUUGUGGCCUCUCUUGUUGCGGAGCACAGGCUCCAGAUGCGCAGGCUCGGUAAUUGUGGCUCACAGGCCCAGUUGUUCCGCGGCACGUGGGAUCUUCCCACACCAGGGCUUGGACCCGUGUCCCCUGCAUUAGCAGGCAGAUUCUCAACCACUGCGCCACCAGGAAAGCCCCAUGAUUGACAUUUGAUAGGUUUUAAAAAACAAACUGAUUUUGAAAAUCUCUUAUGGCACAGAUAAUAAGAACAUCCAGUUUGUGGUUUAACUACAUCUGGAUUUUUUGUGGACUCUAGUGGAAGACCUUUGGAUAGGCCUUGCCAACUGUGCUUACACUGCUAGAAGCACUUUCAUUUCCUUUUUGGAUGGAAUGGAUUUAUGCGAGCAGUUCAAACAAAAAGCAGUACUUAUAGACUGAAGUAAAAUAAAAUUUUAGAAAAGA